AUGACAACGUUUGGCGGUUUUUCGCGAUUGUUUCUAUUAUGCUUUAUUCUCUUUCUCUGUUAUGCUUUCAUUACUCAGCCUGGUGUGCAAGCUUGGAGCAAGGAAGGCCAUGUCAUGACAUGCCGAAUUGCACAGAAUCUAUUGGAACCUGAGGCGUCGCAUGCUGUUCAAAUGCUGUUACCGGAUUAUGUCGGCGGAGACUUAUCGGCACUGUGUGUGUGGCCGGACCAAGUUCGGCACUGGUACAGAUACAGAUGGACUAGCCCACUUCACUUCAUUGACACACCUGAUGAAGCUUGCAGCUUCGAUUAUGAAAGGGACUGUCAUGAUCCACAUGGAGUAAAGGAUAUGUGUGUUGCUGGUGCCGUCCACAAUUUCACCACUCAGCUUUCACAUUACCGAGAGGGGACUUCUGAUCGGCGAUAUAAUAUGACAGAGGCCUUGUUAUUCUUAGCACACUUCAUGGGAGAUAUCCAUCAGCCAAUGCAUGUUGGGUUUACAAGUGACGGAGGAGGAAAUACCAUAGCUUUGCGCUGGUUUAGACACAAAUCAAAUCUGCACCAUGUAUGGGAUAGAGAGAUCAUUCUUACAGCUGCAGCAGAUUACUUUGGGAAGGACAUGGAUCUCCUGGAAGAAGAAAUAGAGGGGAAUUUCACUGAUGGAAUAUGGUCUGAUGAUCUUGCAUCCUGGAGGGAAUGUAGUGAUCUCUUUAGUUGUGUAAAGAAGUAUGCUACAGAAAGUAUAAACUUGGCUUGUAAAUGGGGAUACAAAGGUGUUAAGUCUGGAGACACUCUGUCAGAUGAUUACUUCAAUUCAAGGUUUCCUAUUGUAACGAAGCGAAUAGCUCAGGGUGGAGUCCGAUUAGCAAUGAUUCUAAACCAGGUUUUUGGUGAUUCACAAAAGAAUACAGUAGCAGCAACUUGA